AUGUCCUCCCAGACCCCCCUUGUCCCGGAGACGCUCCUCAAGAAGCGCAAGUCGACCGAGAAGUCGCGCGAGGAGAAGCGCGCCGCUGCCCUUGAGGCCCGCAAGGUCCGCAAGGCCAAGCGCGCGGUCAUCUUCAAGCGCGCCGAGCAGUACGUCAACGAGUACAACAAGAAGGAGCGCGAGGAGAUCCGCCUCAGGAGGCAGGCCAAGGCCAACGGCGACUUCUACGUCCCGGCCCAGCCCAAGGUCUACUUUGUCAUGAGGAUCAAGGGUAUCAACAACAUCGCCCCCAAGCCUCGCAAGAUCCUCCAGCUCCUCCGUCUCCUCCAGAUCAACAACGGCGUGUUCGUCAAGGUCACGAAGGCCACCUCGGAGAUGCUCCUCAGGGUCGAGCCUUACAUCACGUACGGCGAGCCCAACCUCAAGACCAUCCGUGAGCUCGUCUACAAGCGUGGCUACGGCAAGGUCAACCGCCAGCGCGUCCCUCUCUCGUCCAACGCCGUCAUCGAGGAGAACCUCGGCAAGUACGGCAUCCUCUCGAUCGAGGACAUUGUCCACGAAAUCGCGACCGUUGGCCCGCAUUUCCGCGAAGUUAGCAACUUCCUCUGGCCGUUUAAGCUCUCGAACCCCAACGGCGGAUCCCGCCCGCGCAAAUUCAAGCAGUUCAUCGAGGGCGGUGAGCUUGGAAAGCGCGAGGCGUUCAUCAACGACCUCGUCCGCAAGUGCAACUAA